AUUGACAUGUGUUGCUUUAGUGUGGUUACACUUUCACUGACAUGUUCUGGGAUCACAUGUUGUCUCCAGGGGUGUUUUUUAUCAAUACUUGAUGUGUGACUGACAGUGUCUGAGCUUGAUGUUUAACCAGCAGCAGCAGCAGAAGCAGCAGCAGCAGCACCGCCUCUCGUGGGAAACAGGUUAGCUUCAGCUCCCAUUACAACACACACGGAGCCCCGGUGGAGGUCUGCCGCUGCCCACUGAGGGUUUCUUCCCCUUUAAAACAAACUAUGCAGCCCUAGCGGUGGAUGUUGCCCGGGCUCCCUGGAAGAAAGUCUGCGGACUGGAGAGAGGGGGCGACAGGGGGGACCAGCCGAGGCGGAGACGAGGGAUCAUGGCGGCACCUCUCGGACGGGACACCCUACCUGACCACUGGUCGUACGGAGUUUGCAGAGACGGCCGCGUCUUCUUCAUCAACGAUAAAACUCGUAGCACCACUUGGCUACAUCCGCGCACUGGUGAGCCGGUUAACUCGGGACACAUGAUCCGCUCAGACUUGCCCAGAGGAUGGGAGGAGGGCUUCACGGACGAAGGGGCCAGCUACUUCAUCAACCACAACCUGAGGAUGACAUCGUUCCGGCAUCCUGUCACCGGACAGAUUUCCCCUGAAAACACAGAAUACACCCUACAAGACAGGAUAGAGGCCCGUAUGUCCAAGUCAGCGACCAUCCAGAGAUCCCCCAGCAUGGUCACAGAGUCCUCCAAGGGUGGGACCCCAGCUGCUCUGGAUACCUCAGGGUCAAAGGGCUCCAGAGGUUUGGGGAAAGUUCACAGUUUUGGCAAGAGGGAUCAUGCUAUUAAAAGAAACCUCAACAUCCCAGUGGUGGUGAGAGGCUGGCUCUACAAACAGGACAGCUCUGGAAUGCGACUGUGGAAAAGGAAGUGGUUUGUUUUGUCAGACUACUGCUUGUUUUACUACAAAGACAGCCGAGAGGAGGCCGUGCUCGGGAGCAUCCCUCUGCCCAGUUAUGUCAUUGCACCAGUUGAGCCUGAUGACCACAUAAACCGCAAAUAUGCUUUCAAGGCGAGCCACACAGGAAUGCGCUCCUACAUUUACAAUAAGAACUCUGUGAUUGGCUCACAGGCGGAACACUGCGGGAUGCGGACAUAUUUCUUCAGUGCGGACACACAGGAGGACAUGAAUGGCUGGAUCCGCGCCAUGAACCAGGCUGCGCUGAUGCAGCAGAGUCACACUAUAAAGAGUGAGGUGGAGAAGCCAGAGAAGGCUGGACAGCAGGCCUUCCCACAAACGAACCACGUCCACGUCGACCAGAACUCACCUCGUCCAGAAAGCCUUCACAGGGCCGACAGAGAGGAGUCUUGUGAUAACGGCAUCAGACUGGCUCCUGGAGAUGAAGUGAGGUAUGGAAUAGAGAUCCAAGUGAGGCCCGGGCCGUCAGCCCCAGAGGAACGAGCGGAGAGACUCUCUCCAGACCCUGUCAAGAACGGACAGCCGACUGUAAUCCAAUUGGCUCUGCCGCCGGAACAAAAUGGAAAUCUUGUCUAUCAGCGGGGCUUUGUUUCGCAGAAAGGAACUGAAAAACAUGUGCAGAGGAAGAACACACGGGCUCAGGUGGAGCAGUGGGUCAAAGUUCAGAAGGGGGACCCACCAAAGAGUGCUCCCUCUACUGAGUACAACCUCCCCCGGCGGACUCCCCCCUUGAAGCCCAAAGGCAGCACAGUGGAUGCCACCUAUCAGUCGUUGCCAAAGUCUCCCCGUCUUCCGUCCGGCAGCAACUCUCCUCCAGCAACGUCCAACCUGCCCAGUGACUACAAGUACGCUCAUGACCGACUCAGCCACUUCCGCAUGUCCACCGACGAGCGAAUGGCCGCCAAGGAGGGAAUGGUGUGGCAGCUGUACGAGUGGCAGCAGCGGCAGCAGUUCCGUCACGGCAGCCCCACUGCUCCCGUGUACAGUGGGCCCAACUUCACAGACUCUUCCUCCUUUAGAGUCACUGUGGAAAUGCCGCGUUCCAUCUCUGUCCCUCCGUCCCCGUGUGAAGUCCCACCGUCCGUCCCCUCCUCAUUCAAACCGCUGUCCCCUCGCAGGCCACACACUCCCUCAGACAGACGCACAGUCAGGCCCCUGGAUGAAGUAACAUCCGGGGACAACACAAGAUCCAGCUCCCCCGGCCAUAUUUGUGCACAUCUUUCCCAGACUUCCCAAAUAGAGAGAAGGUCCGUGCCAGCCAUGGGCUACAUCACACACACCGUCAGUGCACCGAGCUUACAUGGCAAAACGCCAGAGGAGCUGACUCUGCUCCUCAUUCAGCUUCGGAGGCACCAGGCCAAGAUGGCUGGUGUGCAUAGCCCCAACUAUGCGUUCGCUCACCUGCAGCACCACCAGCACAACGGCCUUCUAGGCCCCGGCAUGCAGAUCCAAAGUAUUGACCCGAUGAUCGUUUCAGUACACAAUGUGUUUGCAAACUCCACUCCGAGUUGUGGGUACUGUUACAAUGUUACUGGACGAGAGAGUUUAAAAAAAGAAAGACCUUCCAGGCCUGUGAAAAUAGCAGAAAGUGAUGCUGAUGUGAAAUUAAGUCGACUGUGUGAACAAGACAAGAUUCUCCAGGAGCUCGAGGCCACGAUACGAACUUUGAAGGAAGACAAGGACAAGUUAGAGUCUGUGCUAGAUGUUUCCCACCAGCAGAUGGAGCAGUACAGAGAUCAGCCGUCCCACGCUGAGAAGAUCGCCUAUCAGCAGAAAUUGCUACAAGAGGAUGUGGUGCACAUCAGGGCUGAAAUAUCCCAAGUUUCCACGGAGAUGGAGAACGCAUGGAAUGAAUACAGUCGGCUGGAGAGAGAUGUGGACUGGCUGAAGUCCGCCCUGCAGGGACACAUGAACCGCACUGAUCUCUCUCAGCAGGAGAAAGUCCAGAUCAGAAAGGAGCUGUGGAGGAUUGAGGACGUUAUCGCAGGUCUCAGCAGCAGUAAAGCCAACUACAAAGUCACUAUCUCCUCUGUCACCAACCCAGAGAGGAAAUUUGUGCCUUCAGUGUCGGCAUCAUCAGUGCCUUCUGUGUCUGGGAGCCCGUCUGCUAUGGAGAUGAGACUGUCCCAGCAUCAGCAGCACAGCCCCCACCUCAGCCCGAGUGGCCACACCCCCACCCUCUCCUCCAGCCCCAUCCAGCAGCUCUUGCACCACUCCUCCACAUUCACCAGUGGGCUCAAAUGGGGUGAGGAAGAUGUGCCUCCCAGACCUCCUCUACCUCACGUCUACAGUCCAGAUGAGCACCCCCCUACUGUGCCCCCGUUGCCCCGGGAGACAACGGUCAUCAGACACAUGUCUGUACGGGGCCUCAAACGACAGUCAGAUGAGCGUAAACGGGACAGGGAGAUUGGCCAGUACACUAAUGGAGACAGUAAGGUGGAGCUCAGGCCUUUUCUGAGCGACCCAGAGCUCAUGGGAGCUGGAGAUGGCUCCAGUCACAUCAGUGUAGUAACAUCUGGACAUGAUGGAGGUUACCAGACGUUACCUAGCAGAGGAGUUGCUGGCUCCUCGCUCAGACUAAAUCAGUCUUCAAGCAUCUCGUCGUAUGUGACCAUCCGAAGAUCAGCCUCAGCUGCCGGCAUGAAGGAGAGACCAAAAAGUGCCUUGGAGCGUCUGUACUCCGGGGAGCCGGCGCAGCAGCAGCAGCAGCAGCAGAGGGGGAAGAUGAGUGCCGAUGAGCAGCUGGAGAGGAUGAAGAGGCACCAGAAGGCCCUCGUCCGCCAGCGCAAACGCACCCUGAGUCACGGAGACCGUCGCACCGCAUCCUCGCGUCCGCUUUCUGCAGACUUUGGAUCAUGGAAGAGAGAGCAAGAGUUUGACCUGCAGCUGCUCGAGAGGGCUGUUCAGGGGGAGGAGGCGCAGGGCGUUAGGAGCGUCCAGGGGGAGGAGAGACCCCCCGAGCACAAGGAGAGACCCCGGUCGCAGUCUGACGAAUGGCUGACCUAUCGCUCCACGGCCACAACUCCCCCUGCACAGGAAGUUGACCUGGAGCCACUAGAUUAUGACGUGGACCUUAACAAAGAGCUGUCUAAGCCUCAGAAAGUGCUGAUCCCAGAGCGCUACGUGGACUCAGAGCCCGAGGAGCCGCUGAGUCCCCAGGAGGAGGAGGAGCGUCAUCGUAAGGUGGAGCGCAUCAAGAGCAUCCUGGCAAAGUCAAGUGUGCAGAACCUGGCACCUCCAGUGUCUGUGGACAAGCCGGAGUCGGGGCUGGUGGCCCUGGACUCAGCUCUGCAGGAGCAGGAGAGGAUCAUCACCAUGUCCUACGCUCUGGCUUCGGAGGCCUCGCUCAAGAGCAAACUAGUCGCAGUUCCACCACAGGCUAACCUCCCCACUCCUCCUCCCCCGCCCCCUCUUCCUCUUCCUCUACCUCCUCCACCUCCUCCUCUCCCGCCCGUGUCUCUGGCUCCUUCGUCUCUGGCUCCUUCGUCUAUGGCUCCUUCGUCUCCUCUAAGCAACGGAAUUCACUACACGUUUGUCUAACCUGAGAAAUUAACUCAAGCCAUCUCUGGACACUGAGGUGCUCGUCCACAUCGACAGCCACUGGAUUCUGCAAGAAAAGAGGAUCCUGUUUGCUUUUGGACAUUUUCACGUUUCCAUACAGCAGCAGAGGAACCGUAGUAAAGAUUUACAAGACAAAACAUUUCUCUCCGAGGCUCAAACAGCGUCGACUCUCCGAAACACUUCUCAGCACUAAGAGAACGCUUCCUUAGGAAAACUGCGGGAGCUGCUGUGCUUAUUAACUAUGAGUGUCUAACAAAUGUUAAUCUCAUAAUAAUAAAAAUAAAUAUUUUCUACAUGUUAUUGCACUUUGAAUUGUACACUGUAUAGCGUUUUCAAGGUAUGACUGAUUGGCUUGUACUUGCAGUGUGAUCUCAACUGGGAACAUUUACGAGUUUCUUUUAGUUUUUUCAGGUACAAAAUGUUAUGAACAAGCUGUAAGGAAAUGUGUCAUGACAGUUACUAUUUUUAUCAAGACUCAGAUAGUUUUCUUACACCAAACCCCUUGAGAUAUCAUGUGUAUGUAUCGGUAGCACUGCCAGUCUCCUUGUAGCUUGCCAAAAUGAAUUUUAUUUUUGCUUACAUCAGGACAAAAAUAACCCUAAACAUAUUUUCUGUGUGACUGGGGGGGGAGGUUGCACAAUGGAAAUUUAUAAAAAUGUGAAUAUUAAAGAUAUUAACACAGCUUCUGGUUCAUCACA